AGCUCAAGGCCUGCCCGAGAGGAGCCGUGAAUCGGGGGCCCCACUGCCUCUCGCCGCCCAGGAGGCCGAGAACCCGGCCCUCUGUUAGGGGGGCGGGUCCCACGGCCAGGGCGCGCGGGUCAUGGCCGCUAUGGCGCCCAUCGGGGAGGAGAGCCCGGUGUCGCCAAGCUGGCGGAGCAGGGGCUGGCGCAGGUCGCGGACUUCUUCAGUGGCGGCAUCCCCGCGCCGUGGGGCGGCGCUGAGGAGGGCGGCGCCGAGGAGGGGCAGGGACUCGUGGAGCUUCCCCGACGUCGGCAUUCCCGCGCCGUGGGGCGGGGCCGAGCAGGGCGGCCCCCAGCGCGGGGGCUCCUGGGGCUUCCCCGACGUGGGCCUGUCCUCGCUGCUGGGGCAGGGCCCAGAGUGCCCGGAAGGCCCGCGCGAGGCGGGGGGCGCGGCGGGCAAGGACCGAGCUCGCCGCACAGGCUUCCUCGUCGGCCGCCCGCGGCCGGGGGGGCCUCGCUGGGCCCGACGGCGGCCUGCACAGGUGGCACCGCAAGCUCGCGGGUGCGAAGGGCCGCAUGGACGGCACCUCCCCGAAGGAGACGGACGCGCAGCUCUCGCAGGCCUCGCAGACCUCGCAGGUUUCCAGUAUCUCGACGGCCUCUGGCGCCACCUCCCUGUCCCAGAAGAAGAUCUCCACGGCUUCUGCUGCGAGCCAGCGGAGCUCCGCCUCCGCCGGGGCCCCGCAGAUCGCCACGUUCACGCCGUGGAAGCCCGCGGACAAGCCGGCCAAGAAGCCCAGCGGUGGUGGAAGAGUGGCCGACUCGCAGCCUACGGCGGAGGAGGAGCCGCCGACCCGCAGCCCGCCGCCGCGCUGGCGAGGAAGCCGCCGCAGAUCGCCACGCUCCAGCCGUGGAAGCCCUUAGACAAGGCUCCGAGGAGGGACACUUAUUCUGGAUGGGACCAUCAUCGCGGCGGCGGCGCCGCCGCAGCCCAUGGCCGUCCCGCAGAUCGCCACCACAAGCGGCGGCGGCGGCGGCGGCGGAGGAGCCGCCGACCCGCAGCCCGCGGCCGUGCCGGCGAGGAAGCCCGCGCAGAUCGCCACGCUUCAGCAGUGGAGGCCGGCGGCCAAGGCCGAGGAGCAGGGCCUCGGAGACGACGAGGUGCACAGCUCUGCCAUGCAGGCGGUGGCGGCGCCGCCGCAGCCCAUGGCCGUCCCGCAGAUCGCCACCACAAGCGGCGGCGGCGGCGGCGGCGGAGGAGCCGCCGACCCGCAGCCUGCGGCCGUGCCGGCGAGGAAGCCCGCGCAGAUCGCCACGCUUCAGCCGUGGAGGCCGGCGGCCAAGGCCGAGGAGCAGGGCCUCGGAGACGACGAGGUGCACAGCUCCGCCAUGCAGGUGCCCUCGGAGCCCCUCGUCAGGAUCCCAGAGGCGGCCGCCCAGCCCGCGCCCGGGGCUCCGGAGCCUCCGGAGUGCACCUCGUCGGAGCCGCCCGUCUGCUCGACCAUGAGCUACCCGACGCUGGAUGAUGACAGCAUGAUGCUCCACGCUGGCCUGCUGAACCCGGGCGCAGCUGCCGCGUCGCCGCGCCGGGCCUCGCUGGACACCUGCCUGGAAGACCCCGCCGCGGAGGAGAGAUCCCGCGCCCGCGCCCGCCCCCGCGCAUGCCGCGGCGCGGCCGGCGGGCCCCGACGGCGACUCGCAGAGGCCCGCCUGCCUCCUGGGGGCAGGCCUCGUGGGCCACGUGGUCACCACGGGCACAGACCUCGACCUGACCAGGCCGGGGGGGCCUCCCGCCGCCCGGCUGCCCGCAGAGCCUUGACCAGCAGAUGCCCGGAGGCCAGCCCCUGCACCGCUAGGAGUGCCGCGGCCCUCCUGCCUCCGCGUCCUCCUCCGGCCCCCGUUCUGCCCUCCCCGUGGACCGUCUCCCGCGCUGCCCUCGUAGGGCGGGCCCGUCGGACCGACGGCGCGCGUUCCGCUCUGCCCUGCUUCUCCCCAGAUCUCCGACGAU